UCAUGUAAAUAAUAUACAGAUGGUUUGGUGUGAUUUCACGAGUAAGAUAUAGAGUAUAGAUGUAGAUUGGGAAAGGUUUCGAACGUUGCAGCAGAUGUUCGAAACUUUUUGAAACCCAAUUGCCAAACCUCCGAAUAAAAAACGUAAAAGCGCUCGAUUUCGCAUUAUAUUGUUCUCGAGAUAACUCCAUAACGAUGGUAUUAUAGCAUUAAGCGUUUAAGCACGCAUAAGCUGGCUGCGAUAUAAUCUGUCAAAAAUAAACGGCGCCGCAGCGUUUCGAACUCUUCGAUGACGCGCUGCGCUGCCGGGCUCGUGACUUUGCUCCGCUGCGGCUGAAUUGGCAGCUGCACAGAACUCGGCGGCGACAGUGGACUGUGUGGAGUAGUAUAGUAUAAGCGCCAGGCGUCGUCGUGACUCCGUAUAAUAUAAGCCGUUGCCGUGCAAUUAUUGCAUCGCAGUUGCAGCGGUAGUAGUAGUAGUAUACAAAUAUCAUCGCUCUCGUUACAUAGCCCCAACCGUCUGCGAAAGCAAGGGAUUUUCAGAAAUUGAACAAAAAUGCCAUGCGCCCGCUAGUUGCUUCAGUUCCAUGGCUGAUUUGCAUUUUUCCCCAAUGCCCCGUGAUUUUUUAACCGAAUCAGUCACAAGUCUCCGACUUUCUAAGUUUGGAAACAAUGACUGCGCAGACAAAACCUAUAGUCCAAACGAUUCAGUUAAUAGACUCUUGUUACCUGCUGAUCUAAAUGCAGGUGACAAGAGUCUUUUAGAUCGAAAAGAACAUAAAGAAAAAAAUAAAUCAUUUAGAAAGUACUCAGAACUAACACCACCAAGUGUAUCAAGCAGCUAUGAAAAUUAUGGGUCGGCAGAGAGCAAAUCCAACUCAUUACCAGGGCGCUGUAACAAUAGUUCGCCAGUGCCAAAUACAACAGUUGCCACUGAGAUUUCAGCUGACGACCUAGCGUCACAACUUACCUUACUCGAUGCUUGCGUCUUCAAAUGUAUAGAACCUCAUGAAUUAUCCAAUUGCUCUUGGAAUAAAAAGAACAAAUUAAUAACAGCUCCAAAUGUUGUUAGUUUUACAAGGCGAUUUAAUCAUACAAGCUUUUGGACUGUUCAAGAAAUAUUAAAUGCACCAACACCAAAGAUGCGAGCAGAAUUUUUGGCUCAUUUUAUAAGGGUUGCAAAGAAACUUUAUGAUUUAAAUAAUUUACAUUCUUUAUUUGCUAUCAUCUCAGCUUUGCAUAGUGCCUCUGUUUAUCGACUCAACAAAACAUGGGCUUAUUUAUCUAAAAAGGACAAAGCUGCAUUUGACAAACUCGCUGAAGUAUUUAAUGAUAAAAGCAAUUGGUCUAAUCUUCGAGAACACAUGGAUAACAUUAAACUGCCAUGUAUACCCUACUUAGGAUUAUUUUUAACGGAUCUUGUAUAUAUAGAUAUGGCUCAUCCAGCUUCAAAGAAUGGAGAUAAUCACCAACGUGUUUCAAAAAUGAAUGCUGUUUUAACUAAAUUAGCAAUGUUUCAAGCUUGUGAAUAUCCUGGAAUAAUACCAUUACCAGAUGUGCAGCGAUAUCUUAAUAGUGUACGCUACAUUGAAGAAUUACAAAAAUUUCUCGAAGAUGAUCAUUUCAAGUUGUCAAUGAGACUAGAGCCAAAUUCACCUAUUCCCUCUUCGAGUAGCAGCAAAGAAUCUGUUGAAAACGUCGCUACAGGUGUAGCAGCUUUAUCGUUAUCUCCAGCUCGAGGCUGCGCUGGUUCGCUACGUUUGCACACAGCGUCAGCAGCUACAAAAUUUGUUCCUGGUCAUCGCAAAUGCCGAAGUUUAGGAACGAAAUUUCGUAGUACAAGUCUCCCACGCAACUUUCAUAAGCAAGGAGGUAAAUACGGACCUGAUACAACCACUCCUGGUAUUUUUGGAAAAUCCGUUACUGUACCAUUGGAAGCUGUUCACAUUACGGCGAGGCAUCUCUUAGAUGAUUCUGUGCUGGAGGAACCUCAUUUAGUAGGCGCUCAGUUGCUAGAUCUAGAUCACAAUUCACCUGGAUCGCCUGCGGAUGCAGUGAGCGAGGAUUGCAGAUUGUUACAGAAAAAGAGUCAAGUAUUACCCUGUGAUAUUGACAGCUCGAUCGAGCCACGCUGUAUCAUGCAAGGAUCGCUCAGAAGAAAAGUUGUUUUGCGAGAUGGUCGUAAACCAGCUGUAUCGACAUGGCAACGUUAUUGGGUACAAUUAUGGGCUUCUUCGGUUGUUUAUUUUGCACCAAAAUGCUUCAAAGGUUGUAUUGAUCCAAUCAAUAGAAGUGAACGAAGCGAUUUCAAAAGAGAACCAUAUAAAAUGAUAUCGAUACUCGGGUGGAUUGUUGAAACAUUGGAUGAUAAAGUUCAUUCUGAUACAUUUUUAUUAGCUGAUCCAAAGAAAGGAAACGUAUACAAAUUUCGAGCAACAUCAGUAGAUAGCUCAGAACAAUGGCUGCGACAUUUGCGUGCGACGGUACGAGGUGCCAUGGGCAGAAGGCCGUUACCCGCAAAUCUUAUGUCUUUUGAAUAAGAUGAAGAAAGAUUGUAGUUUCGCCGUCGUGGUAUAUAACAAAAAGCUGAAUUUUCUACACUAUCGAACAAAUGGAAAUUAUUAAUACGCGUAUAUAGAAUAUAAAUAUACUUUCACGUAUUCAGGGCAAUCAUCCGUUUAUCCAUUAAUCUACAGGAAUUGCUUGACAGUAAUAAUUAAAUAGUGCAUGACUAAAAAGCAAUAAUUACUUUAAAUAAUUAUUUGACAUCAUUUGCUCUCUACGUUAUUUUACACAUAUUUUUAAGAGUGUGAAUCGUUUGCCUACAUUUAUAUUUAUACAUAAACACAUAUAUAUAUAUAUUUACAAGGUGUGAAUGUAUUUUUAUCUCACAUAAAAUUGGUCUUAUUUUACGGCGCGAAUAAAUUUCUGCGCGUCGUAUCAAAACUUUUAAUUUUACAACUAAAUUUUACAAAUUUUAUUUUACAUUUUUAAGAACAAUAAUAUUGAUGUGAGUAGUUUUAAAAAUAAUUACUGAUCAUGAAGUAUCGAACGCUUGAAUGAUCUGAAUUGAUUUAUUGAGAAUCUAUGAUAGCCUCGUAAGACUGCAUAAAAAGUACAAUGAACAUUUUUAACAAACCUUUGCUGAUGUAGUAAAAGAUGUCUUGUAUCAUUGAAAAACAUUGAAUAAGAGGUUCUAAAUUCUAAUACUUGUAAUUAUUUUUUAACAUAAAAACACCAAAAAUCGCAUAAAUAUGAUAUCGUGAUAUCUUAUAAGCCAUGUCAAUUACUAUCGAAAAGUACUCACUGAUUUUUACACGUUAAAUUGUUAGAAAAAUCUAUGAUUUAUUAGUCAAGAAUUGAUUGAUGAUUGCAACAUUAUUUACAUGAUCAUGGCUUUUAAUUUUGACAUCAAUCUUGUACUAAGUACUUUAAUGUUCAUUAUAAUUUUUUCUGCAACGAAUUCAAGGAACUUCAAAAUUCCAAGGUGCCACUAAAAACUAAUAAUAUUCUUCAUUUUUAACAUUGAUGCAGGCCUGAAAAUAGAUUAGAUUUAGUACGGAUUUUUAAUAUAAUUACACAGUUAUUGUCGUACACAUUUUUUUAUUUGUAUAUUUUAUACACAUAAAUUAUGCUUUAAAAUGAAAAUUAUUACUCUUGAAUACAUCCAAAUGAACAUUUUUGCUAUAAUAUUAAUAUGAUAGCUUGUAUGAAUCAGAUCUUGCUAGUAAAUCAUGAUCAUCAUAUGUAUUGUGACUGAAGCUUUGACGAUUGUGUAAAUCAUAGUGACUCAACAGUCUCAUGUCAAUGGUACCAAAAAUUAACAAUAUUAUCGUUAGUGUGAAAAAACUGGAAAAUAAUGGAAACCAUUAUCAUAGAAUAGCAUAUAUAAUUCCGUAGUCGUUAAAAUAGUCGGAGUAACUAUAUGGUAGAAUUUCCGUAGUUAUCUACCUGUAUCUACGACGAAUGUGCAUAUAAAUCUAAAUCAAGCUUUUGUAAAAACAUCGUCUAGUGAUUUGUGUAAUUUUUUUUAACUUGUCCAAGCGUGAAAAUUGUGGAUGGUGAAUCAUUAAUAUCAUGAAUUCGUAGGUGUAGAUUCAUUGGCUAAUAAUGCCAGAUUUAAAAAAUCAUCAAACUUUUCAAUCUAUUUCAUAAAAUGUUGAGUUUCAACCAGUUAAAAGCGCAGUGAAGAGCUGCUGCAAAAGAUUUGUACGAAAUUAUCGAAUAUUAGUUGCAUUUGCUUCAAAUGGAACAUUUUUCAAUUUUUCACUUUUAUUCAGAAUAUUUUUGACUUAAUUUUACCUUAUAAAUUCAUGUUACGUUUUUUAAAUUAAAAUAUGAUUGUUUGAAUUUCACGUGUGUUUGUAGAUUUUUUGUUUUGUUAAUUUAUAAGGUAAUUUUCAACAUAUUUUAUCAAAAUAUUACUUGAAAAUGUUCCUGAGAAGACAGUCGUAGAAAAUGUACUAGAUGAGCUAAAACAAGAUUCGAUAACGAGAAACAAUAAAACGUAGUUUGAGUGAAUAAAUGCCACUAUACACCAUAAAAUAUAAUUAUACUAGCGACUAUGAAUAACCGCUUCUCAAUUUUGAGAAAAAGACUGAUUUUGGACUUGAUCGUCGCUAAACGUAUGAGUAUGAUAAGGAGAUGAAAAUAAAUUAUUACAAUUCUCCAGCUCAAAUGCUACUGCAAAUCGCAUGUUCAUGUAAGAGUGCGUAAAUCGUGAAAAUAUUACUCUUUUACAUUCUAGCGAACUUAUCGGAUGAAAAUACAUUCUCAUAAAUGAUCAACACUCGAUAUUAUAAUAAUUUUACCAUAAUGUAAGAGUCAAUAUACAUUUCGUUGUGUACUCACAAAGUCUUGAAAUGUACCAAAACUUUUGUCGUCGUUCAUACGUCUGUAAAAAUUAUUUAUCCUCCUUGUUUAGCUGGAAUAUAUCAAGUAUUUAAAUCGAAUGUUUUUUGCAGUAUAAUUGAAAUUCUAAUCUAAAUUAACGAAUGAUGAUUUUGAAACUGUAGAGUUUAAAUUGUAUUGAAAUUCGUAGGUGUUUUGUCAUAAUUUACACCAAAACAAAAACAUUGCCAACUAAUUUAAGUAUUUUGUGACAAAUUUGUAUAAUAUUAUUAAUUCUCACUUUAAAUAUGUUUGCUUGUACAACAUGGUUAAUGAUAUGGAUGUAAAAAUUUACGAACUUCGCGAAAUAUACGGAGCUUAUAUUUAGCAUAAUGAAAAUUUGGUCUCAAAAAUGAUACUUUCUACAUUUCAACUGAUUCAGGAUUUUCGAUGUAAUUGAUAAUGUUAUUUUAUAGUUAAGACUUGAUAAAGCCGGGUCAUGAGUGGAAAUAAGUGAGAUGUUCUGUUCAAAAUCAUAUUUAUGCAUGGUAAUAAAGCUGAUGCCAUACUAUAUUGCAUAGUUACUUGUUCACAUUGUAACUGUACUUAGGAUUAUUGCAUACAUUAGUUGUUAAAGUGAAAAAAAUUAAACCAAUUAAAAAACUAA